UCUCCUCUCUUGUGGGGUCAGCUGAAUAUCAAGAAAGGGUUAAUCAACAAGAAGAAUGAUUUUCUCUGGAGUCAUCCUAUCUGCACUGAUCAUGUUUCUGCUUUCUGGCAGUGCACAGUGCAGAAGAGUCGACUGCAAAUCUGAUUGCUGCUCAUUUGUGGAGGGCUUUCCUGUGAGGCUGAAGGAGCUCCGUGUGUCAUAUAGAGAAAUACGGACAUUUUAUGAGUCCAAUGAUGACUUGGAUGCAUUGUUAGACGAUACUGUGGAAAACAGCAUAAAUAGUCCUUACGGGUGUCAUGUCAUGAACGAGAUCCUGCGCUUCUACUUGGAGACCAUUCUGCCUAAUGCUAUCAAGAAGAACCACCUACAAACGCCCAUCAACUCCAUUGGAAAUAUAUUCCAGGAGCUCAAGAGGGAUAUGCUGAAAUGCAGGAAUUACUUUUCUUGUCAAAAGCCUUUUCAGAUCUCCAGCAUAAAAAACUCAUAUGAGAAGUUGGAGGAACAGGGAGUUAACAAAGCCAUGGGAGAGCUUGAUUUGCUGUUCAAGUACAUUGAACAAUAUUUGGCAUCAAAAAGAGUCAAGCACUAAUACAAUGUCACUCUGGAUUGGACGUGAAUCUCCAAUUAAAAUAAUGCAUAUUGGCCCAAUGGCGCCCUAGGUGACCGCCUAUUAACAGCCUUGCAGGCACCAUCUACAAAAGGACUUUAACUUAUUUACUGCAUGCACCUGACCAUUACUUCACACUACUUUAAGAUGCACCACAACGCCUCUUUGUGCAUUCCGUUUCUGGAGUAAUGAAAAAUGUCACCAUGGAUAUAACUAAAACAAUAAUUUGUUAUUUAAGUCAUAUUGACCAGGGUUAUUCAGAAAAUUGGUUGGAUUUUUGCCAACUCACUGAAAUGACUUGAAAACUGUGUAUUUAAAAAAAAAAAAAAAACAUUUUGUGAACUUUAUUUAUUUAUUUUAUAUUUUUGAAAUAUUGCAACUUUUUACAAUAUAUUUUAUGCUUGUAUUUAAUUCUUUAAAGAAAAUUCAAUAAAUUAUU